AUGCCUCGGAGUCGACCAUUAAUGAUCAAUAUUUCAUUUGCUAGGGAUCAAAAUGAAGAGGGCUCAACGUUGAAAGGCACCAUUUCCUCCUCCUCCUCAGGGGGUGCUUGUUCAUUUCAUCCUCAUCACCAACAUCAUUCAGUCCCACAUUCUUCCUCACCUCCAAUCAUUCAAAUUGAUGAUUCAGAUGAAGACUCUUCUCCAUUCACUUCCUCUUCUUGUUCUUCUUCAGCAAGUAAUUCCACCAGCUCCUUGACUUGUUGUGGCCAUUUGGGUGGCUGCUCUGAAUUUGAGGAACCAUCACUGGGUGGAGCCACAUCCUCCACUCAUGAAGAUCACAACAAGACUCUUUCCUCUCUCUUCACUCGACUUGGAUUGAGUCUCUCCAGAAAACCCUCUCGAGAAUGCUCCUUUUCACAAGAGGAUCGUCUCUCACCACCUUCCUCAUUCAGUCCUCAAUGUCCUUCCACCACCUCAGCUUCCCAAUCAUUCAAUGCCGCCUCUUCUUCUUUUCCACUCCUUCUAGCGCCUUCUAACAAACGAAAAAACAGUCUCAUGUUUUCAACUCCUUCCACUGAAGACAAUGAAUCAACCGUGAGAGAUAUUUUGAGUUCGAUUUCGUCUCGGUUUCACAAUGCUCUGUUGGAGAAGAAAACCUCAAACAGCAUUAUGAAACCAAAGAAGAUGAAGUCGAAUUUGAAAAGGUUUACCAAGUCUUUUGAUGGACAUUCUUCCAGCAAUUACUGA